AUGGCUUCAUCUAACUUUUUAACCGUUAAAACUCAUUUAUCAGAGUUUAAAAAUAAUUCAGACAAAGACACCCUGAGUGAAGCUUCCGAAAGUGGAACGAGUAAUUCUGUGACGUCAGCAGAAGACCUACAGAAAUUAGCCGUGAUACUUGGGCUGAAUAGUGCUGAAGAUGUAUACCAGGAAAGAUUCCGUGUUGACAGACGCCGCUUGGAAUCAAUGCUUGCUGACCCACAUGUGAGAGUCGCUGGACGACCUGAUGAUGUGAAGCUGGCACGUGAAAAAAUAAUCCAGUUGUUGGAUACCAGGAAUAACCGUGUUACGAUGAAGAUAGAUGUCAGCUACACUGAUCACUCGCACAUUAUAGGAAAGGGUGGGUUGACAAUUAAACGUGUGAUGGAGGAGACAGGGUGUCAUAUCCAUUUCCCGGACUCGAACCGCACCAGCACUGUGGAGAAGAGCAACCAGGUGUCUAUAGCAGGCGACAUGGAGCGCGUUGAACGUGCGAGAGCUAGAGUUAGAGCCCUUACACCUUUAGUAUUUUGCUUCGAACUGCCAAUAGUGCCGACCUCACAGCCACUCCCUGACAUCACCUCGCCGUAUGUACAGAGGGUGCAGGAACAGUAUAAUGUACAAGUGAUGCUGCGAAACCGUCCUAAGCUACAUGCCAACUUGCUGGUGGUGAAGGGAGUGCAAUGGGAGGUCCAGUCCACUAUGGAGGCCACUAACCUGCUGAUGAACUAUAUGUGCGGUCCUCUCGCGAGUCAAACCCAAGUGCAGAUGUCGUUAGAGAUAUCACCGAUGCACCACAGCGUGGUGGUCGGCCGCGCCGCUGAACAACUCAAGGUCAUCAUGAAGGGCACCAACACUCAAAUUAUGUUCCCAGACGCUGAUGACCCUAACAUUCCCGUGAUCAAGAAGAGCUGUGUUACCAUCACCGGGAAUAUUAAAGAUGUUUAUGCAGCUAGGCAACAGUUGGUGGGUAGUCUCCCCCUGGUGGUGCUGUUCGACGUGUCGGACGAGGCGUGUCGCGUGGACUCGGAGGCGGCCAACCAGCUCAUGCACAAGUACAACGUGUACAUCAACGUGCGCCGCAAGCCGAAGCAGGGCAUCACCUCCGUCGUCAUCAAGGGCAUUGAGAGAUGCGCAGGCGACAUCUACGAGGCCCGCCGGGAGCUCUUAGGUGAUAAAGAACCAGUAAUCACAGCAGAAAUACCUGAGUCCUACAACAUCCCAGCCAUAUCUGCCAACAAUAUGCCCAACUUUGGAGUAUUCAAUCCCUUCUCGCCAACGCACGCCGCUACCUUGACGAACUCGCCUUGCUCUCCGUACAACAUGCAACAGCUGACUGAAUUGGCCAACUUCCCCAAUAUUGGCAGUCCAAUGUUUGGACAUAACCCGCCCACGCCGGGUGGGUACCCGAGUCCGCUGUCCCCGGCCGCUUUGACCCCUCCUGUGUAUCCCAGUUCAUGGAUGGUGCCUUCUCCUCAACCCAGAAGCGGCCAGUUCCACUAUCCCAAUUUAUUGCCCAACCCUAAUUCGGUGAUGUACAAAAAUCAGGGCGGAUCUUGGAACCCUAUGUCGAACGGCGCCGAGAUGGUUGGUGUACCGCAGCCAAUGAUGAUGCAGCCGCAGUUUCCGCAGCUUGCACAGGACAACAGGCCCACAACACUGAGCCAAAUCCUGAACUCCAGCUCUCAGGCAAGCAGCGGCUACCAGAGCAACUUUACUGGAAGCUCCGUAUCGCUUGAUACACAGAACAUAUCAGGAGGCGACGGCAGUAACGUGGUUUCUCCCUCCGUAUCUCCCAUCAGCAAGACUCACAGUCCCGCGCCAUCCACUGAUGUUGAUCGCUCCCAACACGAAUUAGCGAACAUCAUAUCAGAUCUGCCAAUAUCAGAUCGCCGCGCGGUCGGCUGCGAGAAGAAAACUUUGGAGACGCUCAACAAACUGUCACCGCUUUCGGAGUACAGGAAGAUGAAGGCUGAAGCCAACAAGGCGAUGCGUGAGAGCGUGGGCAGUGGGUACCGCGUGCCCACUACGCGCUGGUCUGGGUACUACUUCAGCCACACCUCGCCAGGACCUAUCAACAUGAACGCGAAUAACGACGCGGGCACCCCUGAAAAAGGUUGGAACAGAUCGGAGCUAGUGAGGCCCAACAUAGCGGAGCCCGUGUGCUCCCCGCCACAGACACAGAGUCCAACCACGUGCCGCUAUCAACAGUUGUCGUCGCUGCUCAGAGACGUUGGCCUGCACAAGUAUAUUGAUCUAUUCAAAAAGCACGAGUUAGAUAUGUCGACAUUUACAUCGCUGAACGAGGCAGACCUUAUAGAAAUCGGCGUCAGUGCGUUUGGAGCUCGCAGGAAAAUGCUGCUACUUAUAGCAGAUUUGAAAACCCAGAAGAGUAAUUACCAAAAUUCGACUGGCGCCGAGAGGAAGAUGGGCGGCUCCCCGUCGCAGUUCGCCACUCUAACCCAAGACAAAUGGUAG